UGGGCAAGGUCAGCCGCCGCCACCACCGCCACCAUCCUCUAGAAUGGUCGAGACAAUGGCCUCUGCACUAUUAGAGGCUCUGUCAAGGGCCACUACCCCGGCCCCCAUCACCCCUGCCCCUGCCCCUGCCCCUGCCCCUACUGACAUCCCGACUAGAGUAAACAAUUCGGUGAAAAGACAGUUCCCGGGCAUGUUCCAGCCUCGAGAGGCCAAAAGAGGAAAGGGCAGGUUCUGCAGCCCUGCAAGAACCCCUCCGCCUCCGAAAACUAUAGACAUGUCAAUUUAUGUCUUACCCAGGCCCGCUGAUGUGACACCAAAAGGGUCUCAAGACUUGCUGUUGUCACGAGCAGGCCUGGGUAGGAGGCUGUUGACGGUGUCAGAGGACAACAACCAUUCUGAGAUUGUGUCCCUGGUGGAGAAGGAGUUCUCCAAAGUGCAACCGUUGGAAGGCCGGUGGAUGUUCUACAAGGCUACAGGAGGCAGUGGCCAAAGGAAGUUAAUGGUGGUUCCCUUAGAUGCGGAAGGCUACACUGGGCGGCAGUUAAAAUCUGCUUCUAACAAUGGGAAGAACGUUAUUUUCUUGGCUCCUGUGCAGGAAGAGUUAGACACUGAGCCACUGCCUUAUAACUCUGCAGAGUUUGCCCGCAUGCCACAGGUGGCCUGCCUUGUCUGCAAUCACAGCAUGCCAUUGCAAAUGUUGACUUUGCAUGCAGAGAACUGCACAGCAACAGCAGUUGAGCAGGAGGAUGUGGUGACUGUGUAUGAUGAUGAGGAGGACACUGACCACGUUGGCACAGCAGAGGAGCAAGGGGUAUGUCCUGUGUGUGACACAGAAUUCCUCAUAUCCGAGCUUCCGGAUCAUGCCAGCCUGUGUGCAGAAUGUUCCUACAGUAAUGUCCCAGUGGCUGACAUGGAGGUCCCAGGACCAUCCCAUCCCAGACCGUCCCAGGCCUUGCGUGUUGCACCAGAUUGGAAAACUGCAGAAACACCGAUCGAAGCCAUGAAACAGUUCCUGGGGGAAGUGAAAGAGGGAGCACAACAUCUGCCGCCUUUGCAACUUUCUUUGGAUGCGGGUGAUAAUGAUGAGGAGCGAGACAGCACCUUAAUUUCAUUUUACAAACAAAGGAGAGACAAGAGCCAGUGGGCCGCACCUUUCAACUGUCGUAUUAUAGGGGAUGCUGCAGUUGGUCUCGGGGUGGUCAGGCACAUUCUUUCCUCAUCAAUGUCAAAAUUAAAACAGGGAUUUAAGAAGAACAUGGCAAGUAUGUACAUGGAUUGGAGUAUACGUUGA